AGUUGAAAUAAACUCCUAACCCAGGUAGUGUAGCAUGUUAUUUUGGAACUAGAAGAUAAUUCUAGAAAAUAUGACUGUUGUCUACUACUCACUCAGAUAAAGUUGCCCCUACUACCGCUACAAAUCUACCAAUAACCUCAAUUUCUAUACUUGGCAACUCAACUAUUAUAUUUGUCUAGUGUUGUACAAAGUAGGCUUAGUAGAUUUAGGAUUUUGUCGUUUUGUUCUGUAUCUACAUUAAUAUAAUAAAGAGGAUUUUUUUUGUUUCCCGAGCAGAACACGGCCUCUUAGGCUGAACGAGAUGCCAAAUACAUAUAAAAAAAGUUGUGUGCAUCGAUUUGAAAAAUUCUUUCACUGUGUUGGAAAGCUGCACUCUUCCCGUAUAUCUAUCUAUAUUUUAUCUUGGUACGGGCAGAGGCUCCCAAGGGACGCGGAAAAUAUAUUUUCAGUUACGUGCACAUGUGUACCUAUAGCUCAUACACGCACUAUCGAUUCAUUCUCGAUGGUUUCGACAUUUAAGAACAACACUAAAAAGGUUUCGGGUUGCGGGAGGGUGGGCAUCUAUAUAAACAACAAACCUUUGUUUGUAGCGAAGUUCGUCGAUACUCGUUUAGCGUCAUUUGAUUUAGCGUCCAUCUGACGCAGUAGCGCGCAGUUUGUGUCGUAGUAUUGUUGUUAUUUACAUUGUGUAAUGGCCGAAGCGCCUGAGAGCGAGCCCAUGCCGUCUUCUAGCGAAGGCGGGGUCGGGCCCGACGUGAAAGAUGCCGAUGAGCCAUUGACUAAAAAACGUAAAAUAACUGAGAAAGAAGGGAGCGACAAGCUCGAGCACAGGCUGGGGGGCAUCCUGUGCUGCGCAGUUUGCUUGGACCUGCCGCAGGCGGCCGUGUAUCAGUGUAGCAAUGGACACCUGAUGUGUGCUCCAUGCUUCACGCAUUUGCUCGCGGACGCGCGGCUGCGCGACGAGGCGGCCACGUGCCCCAACUGUCGCGUGGAGAUCUCCAAGACGUCGGCGUCGCGCAACCUGGCCGUGGAGAAGACGGUGUCGGAGCUGCCGUCCGAGUGCAAAUACUGCACGUGCGUGUUCCCGCGCCACUCGCUGCAGCACCACGAGGAGAACACGUGCGAGGAGAGGCUGACGGGCUGCCGCUUCGCGUGCAUCGGCUGCCCGUGGCUGGGCCCGGCGCACGAGGCGCGCGCGCACGAGGCGGCCUGCGCGCACCCCGGCAAGUCGGCGGCCGACGUGGUGGCCACGCUGGCGGAGCGCGAGCGCCGCGCCCGCGACGCGCACGCCGUCUACAGCCAGGUGCUCGACCUGCUCUCCUACGAGAAGAUUACCUUCAAUGACCUGCAGCUGAAGCCGUACCGCACGGAGGAAUUCGUGCACAAGCUGUACUACGAGACGUCACGGUUCUCCGCGUUCGGCCACCAGUGGGUGGUGAAGGCGUUCGUGAACAAGAACCAGCGCGACCCGACGCAGAGCUCGCAGCGGGAGAUCACGUACCAGGUGAGGCUCGACGAGCGGCGCGGUGCGGCGCGGUGGCGCGGGUGUGUAACGGGAGCUUGCGCAGCUGAUCCUGAAGAGCAAGGCGGCGUGCGCGCUGGCGGUGCAGUGGGUGGCGCUGCGCGGCCCGUACGGCGAGGCGCGCGUGCGGCCCGAGCUGGCGGCGCACAGCUUCCACGACGACGCGCCCGACGCGCCGCCGCUGCCGCUGCCGCUGGCCGACGACAACGACACCAACCGCCUGCUCUCCAACAAGGCCAUACACUUCAGGCUCAUAAUGUUCCUGUCGUCCAAGUGAUGGGCUGCGGCGCGGGCGCCGGGCGGCGAGUGACGUCACGCCGUCACACUCCGCGUUACCAAAGAACAAUGCAACCACACACACACACACACCCUCACACACACACGCGCGCGCGCGCGACAUCCUCACACUCCCACCACACAUCCUACACAUCGACUUCAUAACUCAAAAUCAUUUAUUUCUCGAAUAAAGCAAUACCGAGAUUUUUAUGUAUUUGUGAUAUAGCUAGCUACUAUUUAAUUAUGAGAUGUCUUGUUAGAAUUGAUCUAUACAAGCAUUCAUAGCAUUCUGUCCGCUUUUUAUAAUAUUACUUAAUUGAUAUUUUUGCGUUACAAAUCGUAGUGGAACGGAAAUUCAAAAGCAGAGGUUCGAGAUUAUAAUUGAGUACAAAUUUCUAUUUAUUGGUGAUUAUUUGUUGAGUCGUUAGUGAUGUAAGUAUUGAUAGAUGUUAUUAGGUGUAAGCUUUUCGCUUAAACACAUUCAGUGCGGCUACUCUGGUAAUGGCGUCAUAUCCGAUACAAUGCGUCAACCUAGUAUGUUACAAGCCACGCACCACACACCAUAUCUAAAUCGGCAGCUUUUACGAUGUAGCUAUGUAGGUACGAUUAUAACUCAAACAAGUACUUACCAGAGUGACUGUAUUGAAUAAAACGAACAUUUUAACUUGGUAUUCAUUUAUUUGGUAACAAUAAUGGCCAUAAAAUUUGUAUACGUAUUUAUAAAAAUAUUUUGAAGAGUUGUGUUUAUAUAAAUCUUAUGUAUUUUGCAUGCAUGUGUUUUACUGAACGGCUCCGACCGCUAACUUUAUGUAUUGAGUAAUCAAAUUAAUUAUUAUAUUUUAAAGUAACACCUGGAGCCGUGUUACAAUCAUUAUUUUAUAGUGAAUUACUUUAGAUAUAACUUUGGGUUUUGAUUAAAGUGCUAAGUUAUUGAA